CUUCGUCUACUUUAGUCUUAUAAAAUCAGGCUCUUGCUUGAAAGAGCAUAACAAGCAAACGGUAAUUUAGAUGGCGAAACACCAAGUAGGGUGUGAAAUUUCAACGCCACAUGUGGCACUCUAUCCAGCUGUGGGUUUGGGCCAUCUUAUUCCCUUCCUGGAGCUUGCCAGAAAGCUCGUUUCCUCUCACGGUUUCGUCGUGACCUUAAUCACACCCUCCUCGAACGUUUCUUCUUUGGAAACUAAAUAUGUUUCAGACCUCCUUUCCUCCAAUCCCAACACAAUCCGUCAAGUGGAGCUUCCACAGAUUCCUUCAGAUGGAGAAGACACCGGACCUUCUGGUAACUUUCUGGAACGAGUAAGCAAGUCCAUGCCUGCGGUGGAACAAAAUCUGAGGAUACUUCAACAGCCCAAUCGCCCAUUCUCGCCGGUUCGUGCGUUGAUAUCUGAUCUCUUCCACGUGGCAACUCUGGACGUGACUCGCUCUCUGGGCUUGCCAAAUUAUGUCUUGUUUACAUCAUCUGCAGCCUCCCUCUGGUUCAUGAUGCAUCUCCCUCGCCUCUAUCUGUCUGACGGUAACGAUGCUCCUCCGGUUUCCGUGAAUAUCCCGGGCUGGAAGAAGCCCUUCCAUGAGCGUGAUUUCCCAGACGUGUUUCACGACAAGUCCUCUCCGAUGUUCCAUGGCAUCCUUCGCCUCUGCUCUCCCUUACGAGGGAUGAAAGCCAUUCUCGUCAAUACAUAUCACGCCUUGGAAGCUGACACAAUUCAUGCGUUGCUGUCCGGAAGCGUGGGAGGAAUCGACGGACUUCCGCCUGUACUUGCGGUUGGGCCAAUUACUCGGUCGGUUGAUCUGCCCCAAACUCAUGGGGAAGAAGAAGAGCGCCUAAGAAUAUGGCUGGAUAGCCGGGCUAAGGAGUCGGUGGUGCUGUUGUCAUUUGGUACGUGGGGAUUGAUGGGCAGAGAACAGUUGAUGGGGAUUGCGUUAGGGCUAGAAGCGAGCGGGCUAAGCUUUGUUUGGGUUGUGCGGGCCAUCAGUAAUACUAGUAGUGGCAAUCCUCCUUUCAGUUCUAGUUUGGAAGUGGAGUUGAGUAGCGUUCUUCCCGAGGGUUUCUUGAGCCGUGUUGAGGGCCGCGGACUAGUACUUGCUUCUUGGGCUCCUCAGGUUGCGGUUCUUUCGCACCCGGCUUUGGGAGCUUUUGUUUCUCAUUGCGGAUGGAAUUCUGUAUUGGAAGCUAUUUGGUUUGGAGUCCCCAUUGUUGCCUGGCCUCUCUAUGCUGAGCAGCGAAUGAAUUGCUUGUUAGUUGUAAAUGAAUUGAUGGUGGGUUUGGAGGCUGUCGAGGGCGAGGAUGGUUUGGUUGGCGGGGCGGAGUUGCAGAGUGUGCUGGAAAAAGUAAUGAAUGGAGAAGAGGGGAGAUUGGUGAGAAAGAAUAUGGAGGAGUUGAGUUUGAAAGCGAGAUGUGCAGUCGCAGAAAAGGAAGGGAGCUCGUUUGCCAGCAUGGAGGCUACAUUAAGCGGUCUUGCUAUAGCCACCGAAAGCAAUCGUAACGAUUGAAAAGUUUACUAGAAUCUGAUGAGCACUUUGUUAACAAAACAAGAUUUAAUUAGAAAAGUGGACAGAGCCUUCUUAUAGCUCGUUCUUUUCCACAGCCCGUCUGCUCCCCACACAUUGUAGUACUACUUCAACAUCUGCUUUAGAAUCUCUCAGCGAAUUGAGUUAAGCAUGCUCUCUUUCUAUUCUUCAUCUUUUUAUAAAUUGUUCCUAUCGAGAAACAGAAUUUUACGAAAUGAAGAAAGGGUUAUUCAGUGAUUCCCAAAAGUGAUUUUCCUUUAACAAUAAUAUGAGUAGACAACUAGAGUAGUAA